AAAUCAUCUUAUGAAAUGACAAUUGAAGAGAAAUAUGAUCGAGCCUUGCAUCAUAAAACUUUAGGAACAAAAUUCUUCCAAAGAGGUGAUAUUCCUGCAGCAUUUAAAAAAUACAGUUUGGCAUUGAAAUAUCUUAUUUGUAUUCAUCCUGAGGCGCUGAUCUCCAUAAAAUUACUCAAAGACUACCAGAAAUUACGAAGUUUGUGCUACCUCAAUUUAGCAGCUUGUCAACUUAAAUAUGAAAAUUUUGAUCAUGUGAUCGCGAACUGUUCCAAAUCAUUAGAAUAUGAUCAAUAUAACGUGAAGGCAUUUUAUCGUCGUGGUACAGCAAAUUAUAAACUUGGAAAAUUAGAGCAAGCUAAAAAUGAUUUUAAUUCUGGUUUAAAAAUACAACCUAAUAAUUCUACUUUAAAACAGGCA